AUCUUGUUCAAUUUUAACCCUCUCGAAGCCUUGAAAUUGAAGUCGAACAUUUUUAAAAAUUGAUCUGUGGCGAUUCCUGGGUCUGUUUAGACCCCUACGCAAUUCUUUCUAAACAUAUUUUGGAAACUUCUUCGGAACAUAUUCAUUUAUUAUCGUAUCACAGAUAAUCAGCAGUUUAAGCCAUCAUAAACUGAAAAAUUGGUUGGUCUUUUCGUAAAUCUCAACCAACAUAGCCAUAGACACCCAGUGUCUUCAUUCAUGUGCAGUCGAUAUGCGUUAAAUAAGUUCGCAACAAUUUACAAAUAAACGUGGUAUGACUAACUUGGUAUUUGGAGUAGGUAUAGGGUUAUUCCUUAUAUUUACUCUGUGGGCAUUAGCUUUGUUUGUAUUUAUUAUUACACUGAAAGUAGAAAGAAAAAUUGGAGCAAUUGCUAUAUUGGUUGUGAGCAUAUGCACAGUUAUUUUAAUUGCUUUGCCUCGAGCAACUGAGAAAUCUAUCUCUGUUGAGAAAAAGACAUAUGAUCAUUUAUUUGUUUGGCGUAUUCUAUUGCUUGUAUUAUUAAUUGUAUCAUCUAUAGUUGGAUUGGUAGGAUAUGUUAAAUUUGCCCUGACAGAAUCUGUUAGGCCGAUCAGAAUAACUAAUUGGGUAUCUUAAAUGUUUAUUUUGGUCCUGCAUGCUGUGCACUACAACAACGUCCUGCCUAACGUAUUGCACCAUAUUUUUCUUACUUUGCUAAACCCAUUGUAUACACAAUAAACGUAUAAGGAACCAUGGCUGUCUACAUCAAUCGUACAAUGUCCAUGAUUGGGGGAGACAGCCACAUGCGAUCAACAGAUAUACGAACUGACAAUUCUCCUCUUCAGAUUUUCGUUAAGGCCAAGAAAAAAAUCAAUCACAUAUUUGUGGAGAUAGAAGAUUAUGUACAGGACACUGUUCGGUUUAUGAAAUCACUCCAAAAUGAAGACAGCAUUGUCACACUUGAAGAAGCUGCAAAAAUCGUGAGCUAUGUUGAUAAGGUUCAUGGAAUUAGGGAUGUACUUAAGCGGGAUCACAUGAAAGUUGCCUUUUUCGGAAGGACUAGCAACGGAAAGAGUACAGUUAUCAAUGCAAUGUUACGCGAUAAGAUUCUACCGAGUGGCAUAGGACACACGACAAACUGUUUUUUACAAGUCGAAGGUUCGGAUAAUGGGGAAGCGUACCUUAUUACCGAAGGAUCGACCGAAAAGCAGCCAGUCCAAUCAGUGGGUCAAUUGGGUCAUGCUCUCUGCAAAGAGAAACUAUGCGAGAGUCACUUAGUUAGGAUAUUUUGGCCAAAAGACAAAUGUUUACUACUACGAGAUGAUGUAGUAUUUGUUGACAGUCCUGGAGUGGAUGUUACACCGAAUCUAGACGAAUGGAUCGAUAAACACUGUUUGGAUGCAGACGUUUUCGUUUUGGUAUCUAAUGCUGAGUCUACUUUAAUGGUUACUGAGAAAAACUUUUUCCACAAAGUGUCUACAAAAUUAUCAAAACCCAAUAUCUUCAUUUUAAAUAAUCGAUGGGAUGCGUCUGCUUCAGAACCAGAAUUCUUCGAUCAGCUGGUCAAAGAGCAGAAAGAGGUCAGGGCACAGCAUCAAGAAAGGGCUGUUGACUUUCUAUCAAAAGAGUUGAAAGUUUACUCCCCCAAGGAUGCCGAAGAACGCGUUUUCUUUAUUUCGGCGAAGGAAACUCUUCAAGCCCGCUUGCAGGAACAGCGUGGUCAACCAGCUCAUAAUGGUGCGUUAGCCGACGGAUUUCAAAAUCGAUACUUUGAGUUCCAAGAUUUCGAACGAAAAUUCGAAGAAUGUAUAUCAAAGUCUGCUGUAAAAACUAAAUUUGAACAGCAUUCUCAACGUGGGAAACACAUUGCGACCGAAAUUCGAGAGACAUUGGACGAAAUAUUGGAAAAAACACAGAGGACUAAGGCCGAACAAUUAAACACUCAAAAAGAUAUUCAUGAUAAAUUAAAUUACACGGAACAGCAAUUAAUGGAGUUAACUCGUGAAAUGAAGAACAAAAUUCAUCACAUGGUGGAGGAUGUAGAACAAAGAGUUUCCAAAGCUUUAAGUGAAGAGAUACAUAGAUUAGCCGUGCUUAUUGACGAAUUUAAUGUUCCAUUUCAUACUGACCCGUUAGUUUUAAACAUAUACAAACGAGAACUUCACACUCACGUGGAAAAUGGUUUAGGAUCUAACUUAAAAGCGAGACUUAGUACUGCGUUGGCAAUGAACAUCGAGAACUCACAAAGAGAAAUGACCGAACGAAUGGCAACCUUGUUACCGGACACUAAACGACAAAUGUCGCUUAACAUUUUACCAAGAAGAGAGCCAUUUGAGAUUUUGUACAGACUAAAUUGUGACAAUUUGUGCGCAGACUUCCAUGAAGAUUUAGAGUUUCGAUUCACUUGGGGACUUACAGCCAUAAUUAAUAGAUUCGCAGGAAAACAGCGUCCUAAAUUAGCUAUUGCUAAUUAUUCGCAGGAUAUACCAUCCGCGAUCAUGUCUCCCGCAGACAGUGUGGAUUCUAUAUCUAAGUUCGUACCAAAUACUACAAUACUACCAGCGAGGUCUGACGACUGGUCAUUGGCUACAAAAAUAGCAGUGGCGUCUAUAACAUCACAGGGCACUAUGGGCGGUCUCAUAGUUGCUGGUUUUAUGUUGAAAACCAUCGGUUGGAGACUUAUAGCCGUAGCUGGUGCCAUAUACGGUGCUGUAUACGUUUACGAACGAUUAGCAUGGACAAAUGCUGCGAAGGAACGUGAAUUUAAGCGUCAAUACGUGGAUCAUGCUACAAAGAAAUUAAAAUUAAUCGUGGAUCUCACGUCCGCAAAUUGUAGCCAUCAAGUGCAACAGGAGUUAUCCAGCACUUUUGCACGUUUGUGCCAUUUAGUAGACGAAACGACAAACGAGAUGGGCAGUGAGAUAACGAAUAUAGCAAGCACGAUAAGAAUACUAGAGGGUGCAACUAAUAGCGCAAAAGCAUUACGAAAUAAGGCUAACUAUUUAACAAACGAACUUGAUUUGUUCGAUGCGGCGUAUUUAAAAUCGUUGAAUUAACCAUUAAAACGUUAAUUAGGAAAUAGCACGAAGAUUCAGAGACCGAUGUUGAGAACAUCGUUAACUGUUUCGGAAAAUGUGUCCUCGUAUGCUACAGUAAUUAUACCACCCGUAUACCGGUAAUGAAUCAUUUGACGCGUUUUCUUGAUCAGAAACUUGUGCAUACAAAGGGAAUGUUUUUACAAAAAAAGGAAACUCUAGUCUUUAGUGCAAGCAACCAGAAGUUAUCUAAAAUUCAUCGUUUCAAACUUUUAAUCAAAUUUGUUUAAAAUAGUGAUUUCUUUUUUCUGUUUUUAGAAAAACUAAUAGAAUUCUUAUAUACAUGAACUGUCAAUGAAUUUUCGAAUUGAUUUUUUCUUUUUAAUCACUUGUACUUUACACCAUUAUGGAUUUAUUGGCAGCGAAAACAUAUAUUCUCAGAAAACUAAAGUGCAAACUUUUUUAUAAGAGUACCGUAUCCGAAACGUAUAAACGAUUAAGAUUUGCCAGAAUCUAUUUGAUAAAGUUGAACGAGUCUCAUUUAUCUAGUGAAUUAAAUCAUGCCGCUAUUAGAUUUAUUAGAUUAUAUUUAUAAAAGAGCUUAUGUUACUAUAUUAAUAAACGGUUGUUUGUUGUAUACGAA